AUGAACAACUCCAUCGUGGGGACUGCCACCAUGGACCAGGACAACCACCUCACCCAGGACGAAGACACCCAUAUGGGCCACAAUCACACAACCUUCGGCGCCGAGAGCUGGGGAGAUAUGAGUCCAUACGGCCAUCAGAACAGCAUGUCGGAUUUCGGAGGCUUCACGUUCAUGCCAUCAGUCACCCAUGGAUUACCGUCUGAGUCAAUCGGCAGAAUGCCUCCUCCGCCAGCUCCUGUGCAGCCGAUGCAGACUCAUCAACAACAGUCUCAUGCCCAGCUACCGAUGCUCAUGAUCCCGUCUCAGCCAACGUGGCCCAGCAUGUUGACCAAUCCCAACAGCUAUUCGGCACCUCCCUUGGGAAUGGCACCCGUCGUUGCCCCAGCCCCUUCAAGGCCUACACGGCUGACAAACGGCCCGCAGCCGCAACAGCGAAGGGUCUUGACCGACGACGACCGGAAGAAAAUGUGUCAGUAUGCUGCUGAGCAUCCCAACGUGAAGCAGACGGAUAUCGGCGCCAUGUUUGGCGUUGAACGAAGCACCGUAUCCAAGGUUCUACGCAACAAAGAGAAGUACCUGAACCCGGAGGCGGACAGAAGUCAAUCUCCCGCUGGCAGGCGGCACACCAAGGGAAAGUUUCCUGACAUCGAUCGGGCCGUUGCGGCAUGGGUCAGGAGACAGCAACACGCCGGAUUAACACCUAGCGACGAUGAGAUUCUCGAUCAAGCAAAGCACUUUUCUCGUACCACCAACGGCGGACCUGAGGCCAGCCAGAUGAAGUCCAUCAACACCACUUGGUUGGAGAGGUUCAAGCAGAGGAACAUUCUGGUAUCAGGGAAGCUCUUGCGAAGAGCAUCGGAAACGAACAUCACAGACCACGCGAAACUAUCUGGCUCUCCCUCUCUUGGAGCAUCCGGCAUCUCACCGGCAUCGCCAACAGGACACCCAUCUCCACUUUCGGCCGACAGAAGUGAUGAGGACGCUGUUCACGGUCUCGGUUUUGUCGGAUAUGGUGAUAGCGGCGCCUACAAACACACCAACUCGCAAAGCACUACGUCUCUCAACAGCGCGUUAACCGAUGCGGGAAACUCGUCCUUCUCAGGAAGUGCGAUGAGUCCCACCGCCACAUUUACAUUCUCCCCUGACCCCAACGCCGGCCAGUUCCUCCCCAACGAUACGUCACGCCAACUGCAUGGAGGGGCUGCUUCAAACUUUCAGAGACCAAGAAGCCAAACCUUUCCCACUCUCGAUCUGGAGUACAUGAACCAGGCCGCAUCAACCGAGCCCAUGACUCCCAAGUAUCACCCGGCGUCUACGGCGCCUUCUUCUGCUUUGGAAUCGCCGGUUCACGAAAUGGCAGCACCCCACUUUGGCCUAGAUACCGCCAUUACUUCAUCGCCGCAUCUGCAUCACAGCAGCAGCAACAGUAGUAUGGCUGGUCGAUCAGCCACGACUCCAGCCGGGUCAUCUCCGACAUCACCGACACAAGAGGAUGCUCGAAAAGCUGCGGACACGUUGCUGAGUUACAUCCAAAGCACCAAUGGGGGAGCCUUGUUGGACCAAACGGAGUAUGUGGUGAUGGUCAGGUUGACGGAAAAAUUGCGCCUACAACAGCAUCAGCUUGCGAAAUCCGGGGUACCUCAAUCCCUAGGCAUUUUGGACCGGAUACCUGAAGGAGACACCGAGAUGGCACCGCAACACGUUCACUCGAUGUCGCUAGGGGUCAAGUCCGAGCCCGUCGUAACUCAAUGA